UCAGUUCCUAGCUGGGCCUCCCACUCGCCACUUCCGCCCAUUCGCCUAAAACUGCGCUUGCGCAUUGAAUCUCUUCCUCUCGGGGCUCGGACCUAGUUUGAGGCGACAUGGCUAAACGCACCAAGAAGGUCGGAAUCGUGGGCAAAUACGGGACCCGUUAUGGUGCCUCCCUCAGGAAGAUGGUGAAGAAGAUUGAGAUAAGCCAGCACGCCAAGUACACUUGCUCCUUCUGUGGCAAAACCAAGAUGAAAAGACGAGCUGUGGGGAUCUGGCAUUGUGGCUCCUGCAUGAAAACCGUCGCUGGUGGCGCCUGGACCUACAACACCACUUCUGCCGUCACAGUCAAGUCUGCCAUCAGAAGACUGAAGGAGUUGAAAGACCAGUAGAAGCGCCGCCGUUCGAAACAUUGCUAGCCUAUAAUAAAUGGGUUAAUUUAUGUAACAAAA